UUUAUGUACCUGUCCACAACUCAAGUCACAAAUUUUACUUCAUCAUUCAUUUGGAGACCCACUCUCAAGUAAUUGUUUGACAGGUUGACCUGCUUAACUUAUAUAAAGGAGCCAAAAUGAGUUUCAUGUACGCCACAAGUUCACAACUCAAGCAAUAGGGACUCACCGCCACCUCCUAAACAGAGAAAAAAAAAAAAAAUCCCAUCCUUUCUUCUUUAAGAUUAGUUUUGGAAAUGGAAUAUCUAUAUGUGUUGGGAGGAAUCAUAGCUUCUGUUUACAGUUUUGUAUUGCUGUAUAGAUCAACAGGAAAGAAAAAAACCACAGCUUCAAGGGAGGUUGGGAGAGAUCAAAGAUUGCAGGGAGAUGAAAAUGGAAUAAAUGAGGCAGAAAAAGCCAUGAAUCCAGAUGUAAUUAUUGUUGGUGCUGGUGUUGCUGGUUCUGCUCUUGCUUACACUCUUGGCAAGGAUGGACGAAGAGUACAAGUGAUUGAAAGAGACCUGAAUAAGCCUGAUAGAAUUGUUGGAGAACUCCUACAGCCGGGAGGCUACCUCAAACUAAUUGAGUUGGGCCUUGAAGAUUGUGUAGAAGACAUCGAUGCUCAACAAGUAUUUGGAUACGCUUUGUAUAAGGGUGGGAGAAGUACAAAACUUUCCUAUCCCUUGCAAAGUUUUGACUCAAAUGUUUCGGGAAGAAGCUUUCAUAAUGGGCGUUUCAUUCAAAGGAUGCGGGAAAAAGCUGCUUCUCUAUCCAAUGUAAGAUUGGAAGAAGGAACAGUAACAUCCUUACUUGAAGUAAAAGGAACAAUCAAGGGCGUACAAUACAAAACUAAAAGCGGUCGAGAACUUACUGCUCAUGCUCCACUCACAAUUGUAUGCGACGGUUGUUUUUCAAAUUUGCGACGCUCUCUUUGCAACCCCAAGGUCGAUAUUCCCUCUUGUUUUGUCGCUUUGAUCUUGGAAAACUGUGAACUUCCGUACCCAAAUCAUGGACACGUUAUUCUAGCGGACCCUUCACCAAUCUUGUUCUACAGGAUUAGUAGCUCUGAAAUUCGUUGUUUGGUAGACAUACCAGCUGGCCAAAAGCUACCUUCCAUUUCAAAUGGUGAAAUGGCAAACUAUUUGAAAUCCGUGGUGGCUCCCCAGAUCCCUCCUGAGCUCUCAGAGGCUUUCAUUUCUGCCGUUAACAAAGGAAACAUAAGAACAAUGCCUAAUAGAAGCAUGCCUGCUGCUCCUCAUCCCACUCCAGGUGCUCUUCUUUUGGGGGAUGCGUUCAACAUGAGGCAUCCUUUAACCGGAGGAGGAAUGACUGUGGCACUUUCUGAUAUAGUUUUGUUGCAGAAUCUUCUCAGACCUCUACAUGAUUUAAGUGAUAAAUCAACACUUUGUGAAUAUCUUAAAUCUUUUUAUACACUUCGCAAGCCGGUGGCAUCUACCAUAAAUACAUUAGCAGGAGCCUUAUACAAGGUGUUUAGUGCAUCACAUGAUUCAGCACAAAGUGAAAUUCGUCAAGCAUGUUUUGACUAUUUGAACCUUGGCGGUGUAUUUUCGAGUGGUCCGAUUGCUUUACUCUCAGGUCUAAACCCUCACCCACUGAGCUUGGUUGUCCACUUCCUUGCUGUGGCUACUUAUGGUGUCGGUCGGUUGGUAUUUCCAUUCCCUUCAGCUACACGCAUGUGGACUGGGGUUAGAAUGAUCUCAGUUGCAUCGAGGAUCAUCUUCCCAAUAAUAAGAGCUGAAGGAGCUCAACAUAUGUUCUUCCCUAGGACAAUGCCUGCAUAUUGCAGAUCUGCAGCUGUUUGAAAAGCAAGAAACUAAAAGAUGCAAAAACAAUGAAACUUGGCAGAAUAGCUUCUCCUUCUCCUCCUUUCAAUUAAGUGAUGAAGCAACAAUAUGAGGCCAGAUGAAAUGAGAAAAUGUUAAAUUUUAUACUAGAUCAUCGCUAACAGAUUCAUUUAUUUAUUUAUUUUUCAGAUUGGAUGAGAAAUUUACUACAUCCAGUCAAGUUUCCAUUUUCGAAAAUCAUGUAAGUUAUUUAUUCAUUCUUGUUCUGAUAUUCCAGUGUAAUUGUACAUUGUUGUGCAACUGAACUGAUGAUCUGAAAUAUCAGUUAUCCACUUAUCAC